AUGAUGUGUAAACUGUUUCUGUUUUUUGCCUUGCUUCUCACCGUCCUGGAGCCUCUACUGGGGCAUCCGGUGGUCCAUCCGGCAGAGAUGAGCUUCACCAGGCCUGUUCUUGUAGAAGAGGAGCAGGCGGUCAGUCCAGAAGACCUGAGUUACUCGGAACAAGCGUAUCUGUCCCAGGGUGCCGCGGGAUUCGGUUACCCGUCCCUCAUCACCGGAGACAUCAGCAGUGAUGGCCUCAGAACAGCUGGAUUUGUCCCGAGUCAAGCUGUAAAAGACGUCUUGCUGGAAAAGCAGUUGUUGAAUCCUCUGAGUCGUUUCCUGGGCGGCAGAAAGCAGAACCGCAAGCGAGGCAGUAACACUGAGUGUUUCUGGAAAUACUGUGUCUGAA